UACGCCCAGAGUGACCUUCAGAAGAUGGGGAGCGAGGAGCCACAAAUGCGUCACUACGGGCAGCCGCAGUCGCAGCAGCAGCAGUACAUUAUGCAACAACGACAGCAGGAGCCACACUUUGUUGGUCUACGGCACCUCCCCCAGACCUAUGCAACCUCGCGCCCGGAUGAUGACCUAAAUAUUUCCGGUGGUACUGCACGGCCUCAGGACACCUAUCUACCCGUAGGCAACAGCCCGCUCUAUCCAACACAGGAGUACUGGCCAGGCGGAACGACUGAUCCGACAAACAGUUGUUUAAUGCCGAACGUAACCACCUUACCCAACCGCGACGAAAACAAUGAACGUACUACCCAUUGUGCCAUUGUUUUGAACAAUGUCCAUUUCGCCGGGCAUAAGCUGGACAAAUAA